AUGAAUCAACCAUACAAUUCGCAAACAAAGAGAAGACUGAGGGAGGCGUAUGUCGGCGAUGUUGACGGGGAGAUUAAUGAUGAAUCGGAUGAAGAGGAUGAUCCUAAUGAGAGCAAAUUGCUAAACUUAAAGCAGAGGCAGCAUCGAGAGAAGCAGAGGUUCAAAGAAAAUUUGAAGAACUCCAGCUACAACUUAGAGCAGAAGAAGCAGCGAGGGAAGCAGAGUAGACAGCCCCUGUGUAAGUUGAAAGUAUUCAACCUCAAAGGCUCCGAAAACCUAAUCAAGACACCAGACUUUACUAGAGGUCCAAAUCUUGAAGUUUUGAUUUUAAAAGGGAGUACCAGAUUAAAAGAUGUUCAUCCAUCCAUAGGAGUUCUUACGAGGCUUAAACUUUUGAACUUAAGAGGCUGCAAAAAUCUUAGGAGUCUUCCAACCAAAAUUGAAUGGGAAUCUCUUGAAACAUUAAAUCUGAAAGAUUGCAAAAACCUUGUGAGCCUCACAAGCAGCAAAGGUGGGUGUAAAGGUUUAAGGGCUCCAAAUCUUGAAGUUUUGAUUUUGGAAGGAUGUACCAAAUUAAUAGAUGUUCAUCCAUCCAUAGGAGUUCUUACGAGACUCAAACUUUUGAACUUAGGAGGCUGCAAAAAUCUUAGGAGUCUUCCAACCAAAAUUGAAUGGGAAUCUCUUGAAACAUUAAAUCUGAAAGAUUGCAAAAACCUUGUGAGUCUCGCAAGCAGCAAAGGUGGGUGUAAAGGUUUAAGAGCUCCAAAUCUUGAAGUUUUGAUUUUGGAAGGAUGUUUCAGUUCAUUAAGAGAGUUGAAUCUUAGGGAGUGCAAUCUUUGUGAUAUUCCUAAUGAUAUUUCUUCUCUAACCUCUUUGUAUUUUAUUGAUCUUAGUGGUAACAAUUUCAUCAGUGUACCUUCGUCUAUUACUCGUCUUUCCAAGAUUAAUACUCUUAAUUUGGAUAAUUGUAAGGAGCUUAAAUCAUUGCCUGGGGUUCUAACAAAUAUAGGAAGUGUGUUGGUAUCUGGCUGUGAUUCGCUUGAAGCAAUUGCAAAUCCAUCAAAUGUAUGCAAGUCAGUGAAUUGGGCUGAUAUUAGAGGUAUUAACUGCUACAGGUUAGCUGAGACCAUGAAUCUAGUAACACUGCUGAAAAAAAAUAUUAAGGUAUUUGGAAAUUUAAGAAACGUGUUCACUGUUAUUAUUCCUGGAGGUGAAAUUCCAGAAUGGUUCGACCAUCAGAGAGGAGGAGCAUCUUACGAGUGA